UCUAUUCCAGCUCUCUCUCUUUUCAGCUUGAAUCAAAAAUCAUAGCACCCCUUUUUCUCCAUAUCUAUCUUCUCUUUUCUUUUCUUUCCCCACCCCCCAAACCUCCGAAACCAAGAAUUACUACCUUUGCCUUUGGGGGGUGAUUUCUUGAAUCGAAAUGGAUGGCACAACUCAAAUCCCUCAAGGCCUGACGCCGGGAGAAUACGCGCAGCUGGAGCAUGUGAUACGCACUUACCACACCUUCGACGCAUUGCCCAACACAUGCACGUCGCUCAUCACCCAGCGCAUCGACGCCCCGGCUGCCGCCGUGUGGCCCCUCGUCCGCCGCUUCGACAACCCCCAGCGCUACAAGCACUUUAUCAAGAGCUGCCGCCUCACGGGCGACGGCGGCGUCGGCAGCAUCCGCGAGGUCACGGUUGUUUCCGGCCUCCCCGCCGCCACCUCCACCGAGAGACUGGAGAUUCUCGACGACGAGCGCCACAUAAUAAGCUUCCGCGUGGUGGGCGGCGAGCAUCGGCUGAACAAUUACCGGUCGGUGACUUCUGUGAACGAGUUCAAGAAUGAAUCAGGGAAGGUUUAUACGGUGGUGCUGGAGUCGUACAUCGUAGAUAUACCGGAGGGAAAUACGGGGGAGGAUACCAAGAUGUUUACGGAUACGGUGGUGAAGCUGAAUCUGCAGAAGCUAGGAGUAGUGGCAAUAGCAAAUUUGCAUGGGAACGAAUGAAAAAUGAUGAUGAAAUUUCUUGGGUGAUUGCUAUAUGAAUUGUGAACUCAGAAGGCCAACAGGCCGGCUACAAUAAAAAUGGUUCCUUCUUGUUUUGUGGGCCGGGGGUGGAUGCGCUUUUACUUACUGUUCAUUUGCUAUUCACACUCCAUUUUAAAUAUCUUUUCUUCAAUAAUGAUUGAUUUAGGUCAGACCUAAACUCCUCCAUCUUUUUCAUUAUUUGUACAAUAACACAAUUAUUUGGGUUGUUAGUUUAAAUUUAAUUUGUGGGCUCAAUGGACUAUAUAUCAACACUGUACAAAAGGAGGCUAUUCAAUGGCUUCCUCACCUACAAUAUCCAUUUCGAAUACUA